UGAGUCCUCUUUCAGCAAGGCUAGGGGGAAGGGCACAGGCAGGACGGUGUGUGUGCCUGCUUGCAUUUAUCACUCCCUCACUGCAGAUUCAACACAGCUCUUAGCACAGUAAAAGACUUUCAAAUUGAUCCACUAAAGAUCCUGCAAACACAGCCAGCACAGGCCAAGAGAAACCAUUUCAAACAUGGCAACAGAGGACGGUUUCAGCUACCUCAUGGCAGGUCACAGUGAGAAACACAGACGGGCCCCGAACUGGACCGACGGGGAAAUGAAAGCUCUCCUGUACGUGUGGGAGGAACACCACAACGAACUGAAAAUGAGCAAGAGGAAUGCCAAGGUUUACGAGAAGAUGUCCCAGAGGUUUUUCCAGCUGACCGGAGAGCAGCGUUUCAAAGAGGAGAUCAAGAUGAAAAUCACCAACAUGUCAUUUCAGUACAGGCGACUGAAAACCAUAACCGGUGAAAGUGGGGAGGCACCAGACUGGCCGUAUUAUAAGGCCAUCGAGAAGAUCCUGUCCAAGCCGCUGGAGAACGGGCGAGUCAACACUUUAGAGUUUCAGGCCUCUGCUGCAGGUCCCUCCACCUCCUCCCAGACUACAGACAACCUGGUGCCCCAGUCAGAGGAGGGGAUGAUGGGAUUCCUGCCAGAGUACACAGGCUCCUCAGAUGAGAUGGAGAUAAAACAAGAGCUGGACUCUUUGAGCUCUGACAGUGAGCACACACAGGGCUCCAGCUCUCACCCUACUUCAGGCAGGAAAAGACAUGCAAACAGGCACCUGUCCGUGAAGAGAAAGAAACUGCGGGUGAUGCAGGCCAUGUUACAGCAACAGAAGAGGUCGAGCCGGGCCAUAGAGGAGACAUGCAGGGAGGUCCGUCGAGCCUUGCACCAACAGAACCUCCUCCAGGUCCAGUGUCUGCAGCUACAGGAGCGCAUGAUGAACCUUCUGGAGAAGAUGAUUCAGCCUCCCUCCACCACAUCAGCAUCAUGGGGUCAGAGUGGGGGCAAAGACCCAGUGAAGCCAUGAAGUGUGAGGGUUAUGGUUGCCUGGGAGAGAUCAAGUCUUGCUUCACCUAUAGCCUUGUUGAAGCAAGACUACUGUACCUAUAUUUAUUUUGGAUUUCAGUUCAACAUGGAAUAUAUAGAGAGGUACAAAAAUAUGCCGUUGCGGUGUCUGAAGGUGUCAUCAGCCUGUAUAUCAUUCAUGGAAGACAACCACGUUAUUAACCAUAAUGACAUACGCUGGCACUUUAGCAUCUACCGUAUGUCAGGCUCUAAUGUGAGCUUCCAUUGUAGAAAUAGCAGUAUCAGAUCCUCUGUCUUGCUAAUUUGUCAAGUACCCUAUUAAAAUUACUGUGGGAACAACAGCCUUGCAAAAAAACAGACUCAUCUUGUCACUUCAUUUUUUCACCGCUCCAGGAUAAUUACAAGUUGGGGAUGUUUGAUGCCAAAACAGGACAAUUUGUAGCAUUAUGAGCCAGAAGUUGAGGCAAUAAUCUCUGCUGUUAUGGAGUGAUUGGAAGGAAUCUGUCAGCAAAUGGCAACAUAGCCAACAAAAACUGCAGCCCUCAAUAGCAGCACAGCCAGAAUUGACAAAAACAUGCUGGCCUACCGUCUCCUGUGGGUGAGACAGUAGCUUCCAACCUUGAUUUUGCAAUACAGUGUGGCUGAUGGCUGUGGCAAUGAUGCUGCUGUAGAGAAAAAAUUCUGAGAUCAAAGGUGCAUUUUCUGCUUUUAACCGAUCAGUUCAAAGUGAAUCUUAUUUAGAUGCAAUAGAUAAAAAUCAGACAAAUUUUGAGCUUUGGGUCACGUACACAGACCCCACUGGCUCAUUCUUCUAUUCAUAUCCUGCAACUUCAAAUUGUGCAUCACUGUGACCACACAGAUUGGCUCUCUGCCUGCACACUAAUUGAACUGACUAAGGACAAACAAAUAACAUCUUAGUGUGGGUGGUAUUGUGCUCUUCAGAUUGGAUAUAAAUAGAUACCCCUAGACUUUUUUUUCUGAGAUUUUAAUAUUUUAAUAUGCAAAGGUGUCCUGUUCUUAUUUGCAUUUCUACUGAAUAAAACAUCACACAGUC